UUUUGUAAUUUUAGGAUUCAAAUACAUUUUAUUAAUAUUCAGUCAGUUUAAUAUUUCAAAAAUAAUAAAGCUUUAUCAAUUUAUCCAUGAUAAUCAGUGUUUAUGUUUCUUAGUGUUUUUGGAGACAUUGUUUUUAUUAAAUAUCUGAAAUGCCUUCAAUAAAUAUAUUGUUAACUUUAUGCAUUUCCUUAACAACUUUUUUUAGAGUCCAAGUAAAUUCCUACUCUGGAAGCUAUACUCUACCAAAUUAUCAACAUAGUAAUCCAUACAAUCAACAUAGUCAAAUGCCUCAUUACAAUCACCAAAAUAGUAAUAUCAACUUUGAAAAUGUUGAAAAUCAAAACCCUCAACAUAAUUAUCAAAAUACAAAUGUAGGUCAGUUUGAAAGUUAUGAAAACCAACAACUUUAUCAUAAUCAUAAUCAUAAUAAUCAAAAUGGACUAUUUGGAAAUAAUGAGCCUUACAAUCAAAAUUCUAAUAACAAUAAUCAAUAUGAACAUUUUGGAAAUGGAGAGUUUCCGAGCUAUAGCCAUAAUAAUAAUAAUAAUAACCAAAAUGUUGGUAACCAGCGCCCUCAUCAUAAUAACAACAAUCAUUAUAUAAACCAAGGAACUGAUGUUGCUAAAUCAAAAUGGCCUAUGGUUAAAACUAGAUUUUCAUUCCCUGUUCAGUCACCAGUGAAUAUAAUUACUCGAAAUGCAACCAAAAUAACAUUACCACCUUUUGAGCAUGUAGGUUAUUGGGAUAACACAAAAUAUUAUGUCAAUAUCUCAAAUAAUGGACGAACUGUUCAUGUAGAACCAGCGGAAAGCAACCAAAAUAUAAAAUUAGGUGUGACAGGUGGACCUUUAUUUGACGAUCUCUAUUUGUUUGAUCAACUCCAUCUACAUUGGGGAAUUGGCGAUUAUGGCAGUGAACAUGAAUUUAAUGGAAAGAGGUAUGCCAUGGAGCUUCAUGUAGUUCAUCAUAAUGAAAAAUAUCGCAAUGCAGAAGAAGCCCAGAGACAUCCUGAUGGACUAUGUGUCGUUAGCUAUUUUGGAGAGAUAUCUUCAAUUGACGAAGAUGAUGAAGAAAUAGAAUCAUUUGUUAAUGACUUAAGAUAUAUUAUUCGACCUGGUUCAUCAAUUAAAAGAGCAAUAGGAGAUGAAUUUUUCUGGUUACGAAAAACUGCUAAUCAACGGCACUAUUACACCUAUCCAGGUUCAUUAACCACUGAACCAUUUUCUGAAAGUGUGACAUGGAUGGCUUUUACAUCUCCAUUUCAAAUAUCUCGUAGACAGUUGGCAGCUUUUCGAACAUUGAAAUCAAGCAAUGAUGGUGUUCUUAUAAAUGAAAAUGAUCGGGAAUUACAACAUUUUAAUAAUCGACCGAUUGUUCAUAUUUAAAAAGACAGAUGAACAAUAAAUAGAUAAUGCUAAUGAUAGUUACAUAGUUUUUACGAUCUCUGAUUUACAAUUACGUAUUAUAUGACAUGAAAAAUAAAACCGUCAUUUAAGUAACAUAGAUUUAAGUAAAAAUAAAAAUGUUUUAAGUUAAAAGUGUAAACGUUUUAAUUGUACUAAUAAUUAUCAAAUGAUAAAAUAAUACAUAUAUAUUUAUUUAAAAUUGACGAGAGUAGCGACACAAUUAUCAAAAAAGUUCUAUGAAGAGACAACAAAAUAAAAUAGAUAAUUUUGUACUAUUUAAAUACAAAUUAAUCUUUCGCUAUAGUCAUUAACAGAAAGUAUUUUAAGUAAUUUAAUAAUACUUUCCUAGUUUAAAAUUUAGUGAUUUUUAUUUGUGUUAGAACAAAUAUCAAGAAAAUUUGUUAUUAUCCUUGACAAUAGAAGGUUUUUUAUUUAUUUAUUCUUUAAUUGAGUUUCUAUAAAUGCACUUAUACACAUAAGAAUCAUUUAAACAUUUCGCAAAUUAUUUUAAAAUGAAUAAAAGUAAUAACGCACUACAUAAACGUAACGUUCAAUAAUUAUUUUAUUUAAAAAUUACUGUAGUUAUUGUAAAUUUAUAUUUUUCUAAAUCUUAUUUCAUCUAAAAAUAUUUUUAAAAUAAUUAUCUAAAUAUAAUAGCCAUUUUAGUUGUAUUCGGAAUAAUAUAUGAAAAAAAUGUCUUUUUCGGGUUGUUGCAUUGUUGUUGUUUAUUCUUUUACUGCGAUUUUAUUUUUGGAAUAUACUUUUAGUCACUUAAUAAAAAGUGAUAAAAUAAAAAAUAUGUAAGUAAGAUUACAUUAUAAACAAUAUUACAAAUUAAUAAUAUAAUAAAUAACAUAAGUUCUUUUGCGAUUUGAAAACAUAAAUACUGUAAUUAUUUGUCUAGAAACAUAUAAUUUAAAAUAUUAUAUUCUAUGUCGUUCAUUUUUGAAUAUGAUUAUUAUUUUUGCUAUUAAAUGAUAGUUACUAUA